GGUGGUAACAGCAAUUUGGCUUUCCCCUGGACGAGAUCAGCCUUCCAAGUGUAUCGCGAGCGAGUCUUGUGGGCGCAUGAGUCAGUUCCACAGAUUUCUCUUCCGAUAUCGCGAAUGGAUGACGCAAAAUGUUGACAUGAGAGCUUUGACAGCGAGCAGAAAUAUCUCUGAUGGAGUGCGACUUUGUUAGUAUAGCAAACAAGAGCCCCAGGUGCAGAUGAAAUCUAGGGCUGGCUUCUGACGAGCGUGGUCCACACCUGCAUUGUGCGCUCCUCCCAUUCCGUGGUUACGGCGCCCAUUCUCUAACCACUCGCGAGAUAUGCAAUCAAAUUUAGUGGAUUAUUUUUGUGGCUAUCCCUUUCGACUCUAAGUGAAGGAGGGCGCCAACACGAAAUCUACAUGUUUUCGAAGCUCGCGCUCUUCGAAAAGGAUCGCAGUUGUGAAGCUCUUCGACUGGUCGAUGGAUGCCAGGCGAACCCAUCCUGGCCUUAAGUCUUUCCCUUCACACCAGCCUACGAAUGCACCUUCCGCACGGAGUGAAAGUUGGAAGCUUACCACGAAGGUUAUGAUGUCCGAAAUUUGGAGGAGAGUACUAUGUUCCACAUCCGAGAGAAUGUCAAACUGUUUCUUCAAUGAAGGUAAACGUGUCAGAAACGCUCUGAGAUCUGUAUCGAUAACAAGGCCGUGUGGCCUCUUCGGUUUCAAGUCAGCUGUUCGGGCCAUCAUGUACUCUCCGCUGAAGAGAUUGAGUUCGCUGUAAAAGCUGGAUUACUGCAAUCAUGGCAGAAACCGCAUCGUAAAGCAUAGGCUACGACAUGGAACCAGGUGAAUCUUCCCGAUUCACCGAGCCGAGAUCCAAAAAGUCCGCAGAAGGGAGAUCAAUCACACAACAACCGAUGGCACAGCCGGCAGGAUCAUUGAUUAGUACUCCAAUUGGAUAUGCUGAUUGGCAUAUCAGAAGGAUGCACGUGGUUCCCAUGAACUUGCCUGUCUACCGGUUAUCGUGUAGGGAAGCGUGGAACGAGUUGACUGAAACUCAAAAGCAUUUCGUUCACCAUUUCUCCCGGGCUUCAUGGAAUGGAUCACGAAUUUGUGCCAAACAGCUAUCACAGGAGAGUCCAGAUAUUUUGAGGCUCUUGGUCAUAUACUUUUCUUCGUCAUCUCUUUCCGACUUGAAGCGGAGAUGUCUUGUAGGUGGUAUAACCAUACGGGAGUGGGAUUUAUUUUUGACAUAUUCAACUUGCUUUCUUACCAACAUGGGAAAUUACCUUGCGUUCGGUGACUUGAAGAUUGUUCCAGGAAUUUCAGAAGACAAAUUUGAGCUCAUUUUGAAACUGUGUCCCUUGCAGGACCAGAAAAGAGAGGGUCUGAUGUCUCUAUGGGAGAAAACGCGAAAACGUACAUUCUCGUUGGCCCCAGGGGAAAGACAUCUAGGGAUGCCACCCGGUGGUACCUCGGCGUAUUAUUCACCGAACAUCACUCUUCAGGAUGUAAACCUCGUUUCGGAAUGGAUGAGGCAGGCAAAUAUAGAGCCUUGGAAUACAAGAAUCUUUAAAAAAGAAAGUUCAGUGAAUUCUGAUACACUGCCGGAGUACGACGUUCGAAUAGCUUCUUCAUUAGAUUUCCCUAUAGAAACUUAUAAUUUUGAGAACAAGUGUAUCAUAAACAUUGUGCGCGGUGAUCUCAAGGAGGAACUCCACGACGUCGUGGAGCAUUUAAAGCAAGCACUAGUGUACGCUGAUAAUGACUGUCACCGUGAAAUGGUUAAGUGCUUUAUUGAUUAUUUGCAGACUGGAUCGGUUGAUUUCCACAAGAGGAGUCAGCUCCUUUGGCUGAAUGAAAAUGAUCCGUCCCUUGAAAUCAACAUAGGAUUUAUUGAGACAUACCGUGAUCCUACGGGAUCCCGAGCGGAGUUUGAAGGCUUUGUAGCAUUUGUCAAUAAGGCUCGAACCAAGCAGUUUGGAGAAUUGGCGAAGAAAGCCGAUGUACUUUUGUCGUCCUUGCCGUGGCCGAAGGAUUUUGAGGCAGAUCAACUUCAGUGUGGCACCUUCACGUGCAUCGACGUAUUUUGCUAUGCUAAUGGCACAAUCCCAACAGGCAUUAAUCUUCCAAAUUAUCAGGACGUCCGGCAAACUUACGGAUGCAGAAAUGUGUGUUUAUCGAAUGUUCUCGAAGCUCACUAUCCGGAUACGAAGACAACUUUCUUGAGAGAUGACGACAUUGAGCUAUUGAAGCGAACGAAGAAAGAAGUUUUCAUUGUUCAACUAGCUUGUCAUGAACUCCUUGGACAUGGUUCCGGGAAACUUUUCAGUCAAGAUAGUGGAGGUGUUUACAAUUUUCCAUACGGAAAGAUCAAGCAUCCUUUUACACACGAAGCAGUAGUGUCAUGCUAUGGACCUGGCGAAACAUGGAAUUCUAAGUUUGGGGGAAUAAGUGGAGCUUUCGAGGAAUGUCGAGCUGAGUGUGUUGGACUGUUUCUUAGUACAAAUUCAGAGGCUAUGGAGAUUUUUGGCCAUGUCGGCCCACCCGCUGAGAACAUUAUGUACAUCAACUGGCUGAUGAUGGCAAGAGCCGGUUUCCUUGCUUUGGAGUACUUCAGUCCGAAUAGCGGUGACUGGAGGCAGGCACAUAUGCAGGCCAGGUUUGCUAUUCUUCGAACCCUUCUUGAGGCGUCAAUUGAGGAGGCGGAAGAGAAUGCUGCCAACAAACUUCCUCACGGUGCUGAUCUCCUGCAAAUAAGACCUCGUGGACCUAAUGAUGUUGUCUUGUGUCUCAAUCGUAGCAAAAUCAGAGCGGUAGGGCUACCCGCUAUCAGUGACUUGCUGCUGAAACUGCAAGUCUACAAGUCUACGGCUGAUUGGCAGGAAGGCCAGAAGUUCUUUCAAGAGCUGACGACUGUGCCACGUGAGCUUAUGAAAUAUCGGAAAAUUAUACGGAGUAAUAAACGACCUCAGCCUAUGUUUGUCCAGGUGAAUACGAGGAUGCAAGAAGUGGAUGGACGCUCGGAGGUGAUACUGGAAGAGUUUGAAGCAAGUGCGGAUGGCGUAGUAAGAUCGCACUUGGCUCAUUUUGAAGAUUGGGUGGCGCAGAUUUGAGUUCUCCCUAAAUGUGCGUCAUCACAUGAUUUGUGGGCUCAAUUGUCACUCAAGCUAUGAUUUUUUUCCCAGGCGCUCCCGUGUGAGGCGCAUUUUAACAAAUUGUCUUUAGAUAGCACUUGGACGAAUUGCGAAGGGACUGAAUUUACUGCUCAUAAGUUGAUUCUAUCAUCCUCUCGGUAACAGAAACUCUAUGUCGUCACAAUUUGACGUGUUCAUAAUUGCGAAGGAUGAAUCCAGAUCCUUCCACGGAAUUUAAUUUUCUCAUGAGUGCACACUGGCUGUGCUUGCGA